AUGUUGGUGACCCCGCGUCGUUCAGCUAAAUCAAAGAAUCUAUAUUGCACAAAUUAUGAUCGUGGAGACGAAAAAGACAAAGGCAAAGAAGAUGGCAACCGGAAGAGUAAGUCCGAUGACACGGAUGAUAGCCUGCUACGGAGAGGUCUUGAUCUUAGAGGCGAUGAAGGCAAUAGUAUAGAGGACAACGAAAAGGGUGACAAGGGUAAGGGAGAAAAUCUAAACUCGCUAAAGUACCCUAUGAAAAAUUGA